AUGUGGUCGGCGCCCUUCGCCGCGCGUCGGCUCAGGGCGGUCGCCGCUUCCAUCAUUCCGAGGCCCCGCCUCACCCGAGGGAAAACUAUGGCGAAGAGCAAGUUCGAGUACGUGCGGGCUUUCGAGGCGGACGACACCUGCCUGCCCCACUGCUGGGUGGUGAUUCGGCUGGACGGCAGGAACUUCCACCGGUUUGCCGAUCAGCACAGUUUUGCCAAGCCCAACGAUGAUCGUGCUCUGCACCUGAUGAACAAGUGUGCCCAGGUUGUAAUGCAAGAACUGGAGGAUAUCGUGAUUGCGUAUGGGCAAAGUGAUGAGUACAGCUUCGUUUUCAAGAAGACGAGUAACUGGUUUAAAAGAAGAGCCAGUAAGUUCAUGACUCAUGUGGCCUCCCAGUUUGCCUCCAGCUAUGUCUUUUAUUGGAAGGAUUACUUUAAGGACCAGCCCCUUCUGUAUCCCCCAGGCUUUGAUGGAAGAGUUGUGCUAUAUCCUAGCAACCAGCACUUGAAAGACUAUCUCAGCUGGCGACAAGCAGAUUGUCACAUUAAUAAUCUUUAUAAUACAGUUUUUUGGAUGCUUGUACAGCGAUCUGGGUUGACACCAGUUCAAGCUCAAGAGAGAUUAAAGGGAACCCUCGCUGCGGACAAGAAUGAGAUUUUGUUUUCCGAAUUUAACAUCAACUACAAUAAUGAGCCCCCGAUGUACAGAAAGGGAACCGUGUUAAUAUGGCAAAAGGUCAGUGAAGUCACAACCAAAGAAACCAAGCAACCAGAGGACAAAGAAGAGCAAAGAGUGGAAGUGACUCGGACAAGGACGAAAGUUGUCCCAUUGCACUGUGAUAUCAUCGGGGAUGCCUUCUGGAAAGAGCACCAGGAGAUUCUUGCUGACGACAGCUGACCGUCCAUCCGCCCUUUCGUCGCUGGUACGCUUAACUGUUCCCGUCCAGGCUCCUCUUUCUUUUUGAUGCAAAACUCUUUUAGAAAUGGAGCGUAAUUCUGCUGCCGGGGACCCGACUCGUUUCUUUGUGGGCGGUUGCAAGAGGGUAGGUUGGGGAGGUGUCGGAAGAAGAGCGCCUUGCCUUGGCUGUGGGUUUGUGCAAAUAAAAAAGCGUGUUGCUAUUUUUACAAACCAAGAAAUAUUUCUG